AUGACUACUGCAAACCCGGAAAUAUGGGUAACAUCGAAUUUUAAUCACAAUGGAAUUAUGAACCAAAAUACAAUGUCUAAUGGUUUUAAUGAGAGUAACAAUAGUAGUAUAAAUGCAAUGACCCCUAUUACUGAUACUACAACUACUAUUACUACCAUUUCAACCAACAAUAGUAAUAAUAGUAUUAAUGUUAGUAAUAUUAAUACGGUUCUCAUAUCAGAUACAGAUUUGCAAACAUAUUCAAGUACUAAGUUUAUUUGUUCCAGUCCAAAUCGUAAUGAACUAAAUCAAAGUAUGAAUAUUCAUUUGAAAAAUAAUCAUACACAUAACCCUCCAGUAACAUUGAUCUCCACUGAUCAAAAUUCAAAUAAAUCAGCUGACAAUUCAAAAUUAUCUGCCUAUUGUACACAAAAUAAAAGCAGAAAUGAUCCUAAUUUUAUUAAAAUCAAUAUAUUGCGUUGUAAUGAAUGUCAAUCAAUUAUAUUUGAUCAAUAUUAUCAUAGUAUAGAUGAUCUUACAUGGCACCAAAAUUGUUUAAGAUGUUUUGAUUGUGGAUUUGUGCUCACAGAACGAUGUUACACAAAGGAUGGUCAUUUAUACUGUCGAGAAGAUUUUAUCAAAAAUUUCGGUCCAAAAUGUUCAGCUUGUCACAAACUUAUUCGGAAUGGCGAACUUGUCCGAUUUGCUCGUCAUUAUGUAUAUCAUAUCAACUGUUUUCAAUGUGCAAUUUGUAAGAAACAAUUCACUACAGGUGAUCAGUAUUAUCUUUUAUAUAGUGACAAGUUUUUAAUAUGUCGUGAACAUUACUAUGAAAGUGGCAGUUCAUUAAUACCACAAAUAUCAACAACAAGAACUUCAUCAGAAAUGGAUUUAUUAUCAAUUCUUACGAAUUCUAGUUCUUCUAUCAAAGAUGUUAUGAAAACGGAUCGGAAGUCAGAAUCCCCUAGUACAUUGUCUAAUUCUGUUAACUGUGAGUUAUCAGUCAAUAAUGAUAAUUGUAUACAAAACAUUUAUGACUGUGAAACCAAUACAAAUAUGAAAAAUCAGUUAGAACGGUUGAAAGUUUUCAAGCAAGAUGACAUUUCAGAUCCAAUUAAUCAGAUGAAUUCAUCUUUAUCUGAGGCAUCUAUGUUUUCAUCCACUCAGUCUUUGUCUUCAAUACCAUCACUACUGGUACUAUGUUCCACUCCGUCUUCCACUUCAACGGCAGCAACAACAACUCCAGUAACUUCGGUGAAUAUUAUUUCCAGUCCAAUAAUGAAUACAAUAAACGCUUUCACCUCUCCUUCUAAAACACCAAUGAAUGAUGCUAAUAAACUAAUCAAAUCAAUUUCUGAUGGUGGAAAUUCCAUUAUAAAUUCUGAAUUAAAUACACAACAAUUAUUAACAGAAAAUUUGUUACCAAGUAAAUAUAAUUCUACUAUGGAAAAAUCAAAUAUUCUUAUAAAAAAAUCACAAUCAACAUUUGAAGUUAAAUUACAACCAAAUUCUAAUCUAUUAGAUAAUGAAUAUAAAACAAAUUUAUAUGAUCCAACACAAAUCAAAUCAGACUAUUUAUUUCCAUCAGAAAUUAUAGAUAUAAUGACUAGUUGUACUAUUGCUGCAUCUUCAAUAGGAUCAUAUUUAUCUAAUUCUAUCAUUGAUAAUUCACAAUCAAUCAUUUAUUCAUCAAUGAAUAAUACUUUAUUAAAUACAAAUUCAUUCCUUUCAGAUCAGUCAAUCAAUACAAAUACAAAUAUACCAUUAUUUCAACUGAAUCAACAAUUUCAUCAUAGAAAAUCAGAACAAACUACUAAUCAUUUAGAGAAUAGAACUGAUAUUGAUAAAUAUAUUAAUGAGAAUAAUUUAAGGAAAUUAAAUGAAACCCAAGAUAACUAUGAUAAUGUUAUAUCAAAGGAAAUGAUACACAAUAACAGUAAUAGUAAUAAUAGUAAUAAUAAUCAAAGUGUAAAUUGUAACUAUAAUAAUUUGUCAUGGAUUAAUAAAGAAAUAAAUGAAAAUAAUGAAUUAUUAAUAAAUGAUAAUUCACUUUCAACUUUAUAUAAUCAUAAUACAUUUUGUUUAUCAGCUAUGAAUGAACGAAUAUCAAAUAAAGAAAAUCAACUUAUUAAUCAAUCGAAAAGUAAAGUUUAUUUAACAAGAAAUGAGAAACUUCCAUUAACAGUUGAUACAAAUCAUCAAUGUAUUAAUAAUAAUAAUAAUAAUUUCACAAUGUUAAGUAGAAGUAAUAUGUUUAUUAAUGAUAGAUUUGCACAAAAUGUCAAUUUAUUGAUUCACAAUAAUAAUGAAGUUAACAAUGAUAAUGGGGAGCUGGUUAAUCAUAUAAGUGAAGACGAUGAUGAAGGUGAUGAUAAUGAUGAUAAGGAUGAUGAAACUAUGAAUAAUACUGGAGAACGGUGUGAAAAUACUACUACUAAUAAUAACGGAAGACAUUGUUCUAUGCAGUUAGAUGAGUUUAAAAAUACAGUGUUACAUAGUGAUCAUGAAAAUGAUUACAAUGAAAUUAAUUCUUCAUCUUCACAAGAUAGAUUUAUUCAUUUAUUACAUCAAUCUCAUUCAUUCGAAUCACCAAUACAGACAAGUUGCUGUGAAAUGCCAACUAGUGAAGUAUCAUCACAAAGAAGUAUAGUUGAUGAUGAAGGAGAUGAUGUCGAAGUGGAUGAUGAUGACGAUGAUGAUGAUGUUGAUGAUGACGAAAGUAUGACUGGUCAAUGUGGAAUAAAUCAUCGUCAACAUCAUUUAACUAGUGGUAUUGAAAGUAGCUUAAGUUGUGGUGGUCCUGGUAGUAGUAGUGGUAUUAGCCUCAAUACGAAUAGUGGAAAUAAUAAUGGUGGUGGUGCAAAACGUCGUGGUCCACGUACAACAAUUAAAGCAAAACAAUUAGAUACACUUAAAACAGCAUUUGCUGCAACUCCCAAACCAACAAGGCAUGUUAGAGAGUCAUUAGCACAAGAAACUGGACUUUCAAUGCGUGUUAUUCAGUUGGGAUGCCAGCACAAAAUACUAAAUGGGAUGAUAUGA